UUCUCAACAGAGCUGUACCGUAUGAGCUAUUCAACUGUAGCCGCUUAUAGUCAACAAAUGUUUAUGUAUCCUAGAUACUGAUCAACUACAAUGAUUCCGUACACUGUCAACAUCAAACUCGCGGCUCGGACGUUGACUGGCACUCUCAACUUGCAGAAUAAAACCGCCGUCGAUUGGGGUUGGCAGGGGCUGAUAGCUCAGGGAUGUCACUCCAGUAUUCUCAUCAUCGAUCCAAAGACGGCCCAGACCAUUCAGGUGUUGGAGAGGCACAAAGCUAACGUGGUCAAGGUGAAAUGGUCCAGGGAAAACUACUACCACAACCUGAGCUCUCCCUACUGUCUGCGGCUGGCUUCGGGAGACGCCUCGGGGAAGAUCAUAGUGUGGGAUGUGGUCAGCGGCACCGCCCACUGCGAGAUCCAGGAGCACUCCAAACCGAUCCAGGACCUGGAGUGGUUGUGGAAUCAGGAUGCAUCUCGCGAUUUGCUGUUAGCCAUCCACCCUCCCAACUACAUCGUUCUGUGGAACGGAGACACAGGCACCAAGCUGUGGAAGAAGAGCUACGCUGAGAACAUCCUCUCCUUUUCUUUUGACCCCUUUGACCCCUUCAACAUGGCGUUGCUGACCAGCGAAGGAAUAGUUUUUAUCACAGACUUUAGCCACUCCAAGCCACCGGGCAGCGCCGGCAAAAAAGUCUACAUUGCCAGCCCCCAUGCAAGCCCUGCCCACAGCAAGCCUGCGCCCGCUGCCGCCCCGGUGCCUACUGGCGCCAAGAAGGCCCUCAACAAGGUCAAAGUGCUCAUCACCAAUGAAAAACCCACUGCGGAGGCAGUGACGUUGAACGACUGCCUCCAGCUGUCCUACCUGCCAUCCAAGAGGAACCACAUGCUGCUGCUUUAUCCCCGAGAGAUCCUCAUCCUGGACCUGGAGCUCAGCCAGACGGUGGGCGUGGUGGCCAUUGAGCGCUCCGGUGUGCCCUUCACUCAGGUGAUUCCCUGCGCUCAGCGGGACGCCCUCUACUGCCUCCAUGAGAACGGGUGUAUCACCCUCCGAGUGUGCCGCUCCACUACCACUCCAGAGGAAGCAGCAGAUCCAGAGCAGAGUGUCCACGAGCUUGUGUACGACCUGCGUUCUCAGUGCGAUGCCAUCCGAGUCACCAAGACGGUCCGGCCGUACCGCAUGGUUAUCUGCCCUGUCAACGAAAACAACGCUGCGCUAAUGGUCAGCGACGGCAGAGUCAUGCUGUGGGAGCUCAAAGCCCACGCUGCUAAGGCUGCUGCCAAUCCUAGUUCGGGUCUUUCGCCGCUCUACUCGCCCGUGUCGUUUUGUGGAGCUCCGCUGGGUCCAAACCAGAAAAGGAUUCAGGAUCUGUCGCUCAACAGCAUGAUCGGUCAGACCUUGAUAGCUGGUGAGGCUCCUCCUCCGUCAUCCAAUCAGCAAGAGGUCCAGUUGAAGUUCCUGCUGACCGGCCUGCUGUCUGGUCUGCCGCUGCCACCAUUUGCCAUCCGCAUGUGUCCACCCCUUACCACCAAAAACAUCAACCACUACCAACCCCUGCUGGCUGUAGGCACCAGUAAUGGCUCUGUAUUGGUCUAUAACCUGACCAGUGGUCUUCUCCACAAAGAACUCAGUGUCCACUCUUGCGAAGUCAGGGGGAUUGAAUGGGUGAGUCUGAGCAGUUUCCUCUCUUUUGCCACUUCUGCUCCCAACAACAUGGGCCUGGUGCGCAAUGAGCUGCAGUAUGUUGAUCUGCCCACUGGCAGAUGCUUUGCAUUUCGAGGCGAGCGAGGAAACGAUGAGCCACCCAUUGAGAUGAUUAAAGUGUCUCAUCUAAAACAGUACCUGGUGGUGGUGUUCAGAGACAAACCUCUGGAGCUGUGGGACAUCAGGACGGGGACGCUUCUCCGGGAGAUGGCAAAGAACUUCCCGACUGUUACUGCACUGGAGUGGUCGCCGUCCCACAACCUGAAGAGCCUAAAGAAGAAGCAGAUGGCGGCGAGGGAGGCCAUGGCUCGGCAGACGGUGUCGGACGCUGAGCAGAGUAGCGUUGAAUCCUCAGUCAUCAGUCUCCUGCAAGAUGCAGAGAGCAAGUCGGAGACGAGCCAGGCCAUCUCAGCCAGGGAGCAUUUUGUAUUCACUGACACAGACGGGCAGGUCUACCACAUCACCGUGGAGGGCAACACAGUCAAAGAUGGAGCACGAAUUCCCCCUGAUGGCAGUAUGGGCAGUAUCGCCUGCAUUGCCUGGAAAGGCGACACCCUGGUGCUUGGGGACGUGGACGGCAAUCUCAACUUCUGGGACCUCAAGGCUCGUUUGUCCAGGGGAAUACCGACACACCGUGGCUGGGUGAAGAAGAUUCGCUUCGCCCCGGGGAAGGGCAACCAGAAGCUGCUGGUCAUGUACACAGAUGGAGCAGAGGUCUGGGACACCAAAGAGGUUCAAAUGGUGAGCAGCAUGCGCAUCGGUCGCAACGUGAACUACCGCAUCCUGGAUAUUGACUGGUGCACCUCAGACAAGGUUGUGCUGGCCUCCGACGACGGCUGUAUCCGAGUGCUGGAGAUGGCCAUGAAGUCCGCCAGCUACCGCAUGGAUGAACAAGACCUGACCGAUCCAGUGUGGUGUCCUUACCUGCUGCUGCCCCGAGCUGCCCUCACGCUCAAGGCUUUCCUCCUGCUGCAGCCCUGGUCAGGAACCUUCACCAUGGACAUCACUCAAGUAGACUACAAUGAGAAAGAUGAGAUAAAAGGCCUGAUCCAGGAGCAGCUCAACUCCUUGUCAAAUGAUAUGAAGAGUGUGUUACAGGACCCGGAGCUCGGCCUGCUUCAGCGCUGCCUCCUGGUCUCACGGCUGUUCGGGGAUGAGUCGGAUCUUCAUUUCUGGACAGUGGCGUCCCACUACCUCCAGUCGUUUGCCCAGGCCCGUCAGCUGAGUGUGUCAACUGCGGAGGGACAGGCCCAAAGUGAAGGAACCCAGCCGACUCCUCAGAACCACCUGGACAUCUGCCACGAUGUCCUGUGUGAGAGUUCGUACUUCCAGAAGUUCCAGUUGGAUCGGGUUCACCUGCAGGAGGUGAAGCGCUCCAGUUAUGAACACACUAAGAAAUGUGCUGACCAGCUCCUCCUGCUGGGUCAAACGGACCGGGCAGUGCAGUUGCUGUUGGAGACGAGCGCAGACAACCCCAGCUACUACUGCGAUUCGCUCAAGGCCUGCCUCGUGACCACCAUCACCUCCUCGGGACCCUCACAAUCAACCAUCAAACUAGUGGCCACCAACAUGAUUGCCAACGGCAAGCUAGCAGAGGGAGUACAGCUGCUGUGUUUGAUUGACAAGGCGGCGGAUGCUUGCCGCUACUUGCAGACCUACGGGGAGUGGAACCGCGCCGCCUGGCUGGCUAAGGUGCGGCUGAGCCCAGCAGAGAGCUCAGAUGUGCUGAAGCGCUGGGCGGAGCACCUGUGCUCCACGCAGGUCAACCACAAGUCCAAAGCCAUCCUGGUGCUGCUCUCCCUGGGCUGCUUUUACAAAGUGGGAGAGAUGCUCCACAGUAUGAGGCACUUUGAUCGUGCCGCCCUCUUCAUCGAAGCCUGUCUGAAGUAUGGGGUGAUGGAGGCCAACGAUUCUUCCAAUAAACUCAUCGAGGCUGCGUUUUUGGACUACGCACGGCUGCUACGCACUCUGGGCCUGAGGGAGGGCGCUGCUCUGUGGGCAUCGCGGGCCGGCAGCGCUGGGGAGCAGCUGAUGGAGGAGCUGUUCCAGGGAGAGGGAGGCGCGCCAGAAGCCAUUUUUGGCAAAGAGGAAGUGGAGCUGGGCCAGGAGAGCACAGAGUGACCUCGAAGACGGGAGGUUUGUAAGAGAACGUGCAAAUCGCGGCUCGUCCAUUCAGUCCAGCUUCAGGAACAUAACCGUAACUCUGUGUCGGCAUCCGGGAGAAUUCUGAUCAUUGUUUCCACAUCAUGAGAAGAGAGGUUUCCUCCAUGUGAACUUUUCAGUCCGUCACCGGAGUCUGCCUGUGUCUGCGGCUGUAAUGACAUUUCUUAAUGUUCGGUAUGACCAGUGUGUGUUUGUGUGCAUAUGUGUAUGCAUGUAACAGCCCCAAAAGAAACACACUUUUCUCCUGAUUCUCCCGUCAAGUGAAGUGUUACACAUUGUUGAUUCCAGUCUGUGAUUUUUGUUGGUUCAUGAAUUUAACUCCUUUUGUUAAGCUUUAUUUUGUGUGCCUGUAUUAAUAACGUCAAAGUAUUGUCGUAGCGUUACAGAUUUAAUUUGCCUUCUUGCUGCUGAGAUUAAAUGUGGCAGAAUGAGUUUAAAAUGAUACGUUCCUUAUUUCAUUUAGGAAAUGUGCUGUCGUUAUAGAAGGCCCCCAUUAAGACUCCAUGACUGAAGUCCAAAAUUUGUUUUUUGCACUCUUGGGUUAACCAAAAACAGCACAUUAUUUAAAUGCUAACUGAUUCUUCCAGCCUCUCUGCAACAGAGACACAAUACAGCCCCAGACAGACACUCAGACUGGACGUUUUAUCCACAGGAGGUGGUGCUGUAUAAGUGACUGACCAAAGCCUGCUACUGCACAAGCCUGUGCAGCUGUGACCAUUAGACGGCAGUAUAAUUAGUUAGCCAGGCCACCCUGCACUUAUUAGACACUUGUUAGAGUAUUAUCUCCCUGCACACAGAGAGGAGAGGAAUCUGACCGCUGCCACCUCAGUGAAACCAUUUAAUCAGCUUGUGUAGAGUUCAGUCCAUUGAAAUAGAUGCUGGUUGUUCAUUAAUCCAUCCCAUUAAUCCAAUUUGGAAUUUUCAAUUUUCUACUUUUGUGAAGACUUGAGAGGAUGCUUUGCUCUCUGUAUUCUUUGAUGUUGGUAUAAUGAGCUUGUUCUCCAGUGUGUGUGUGUGUGCGUGCGUGUAUUACAGGAAGAGCUGUCAAAACGUGCUGUAACUCAUUUUAAUCAGACCUCUGAUGGAUCAUUUCCACACGAACAAUAAUCUGUGCUGCUCCCGCUGUUCACGUCACAAUUGCACAGCCUGACACGCAGUUUAGGAAAAUUAGGCUCUGCUGCUUUUGCCUCAUCUUUACAUCGUCAAUAUCUACUGAUCAUCAAAAUCAUGUGUGUGACAAUGCCAACACUUCAGUGAUUGUGUGUUGAAUUGCCUUGUAAUGUGUUCUGUUGUCCCGAGACGAGACAGUCGAUCCACGGGACCUUCAAUGAGUGUGUCAGUGUGUGUCCUGUGUUACAGCUAACCCCAGACAUUGUCACUAUGGCAACGCAGGCCUAUUUUAGGAGACUACAUGUUGUUCAUGUAGAUCCAUUUGACAGAGCUCCACUGACAUACUGUAGGAUCUCACAGAAAGCCAGCAUAGAGUCACACAACCCAGCAGAUAAUCAGCUGUAGUUUACCCGAUUCUGUGUCCUCCUCAGACCGCGUCUUGCAGUAAUGUGGGAGCAACGUGUACUGUACUGCCUCUUUACGAUUAGGCACUAGUUCACCCGCUGCUUUUCUUUGUACUUAGAUGAACUAAACAAACGUGUAGCCUUUUGUCAUUGUUCUCUGUUCAUUGUUUACACAGUGAUCAUGCUUUAAGCUAUAUAAAUCUUACAAGAGAAAAAAAGAUAUAUGUAUAUAUGGAU